AUGCACAACUCAUUCAAGAACGGCUUCACGCUUUGGCAAGUUGAAAAAGUUCUGAAAGCCCUGCACUACCUGUUUCAUUAUGCACCUGCAAGUAGGGAAGACUUUGUGUUAUUGACCAAGUGUGAUAGAUUUCCUCUGCCAUUUUGUGGACAUCGCUGGCUGGAAAACCUUCCAGCAGUUGAGAGAGCCAUUGAAAUGUGGCCAUAUAUUGUCUCCUAUGUGGAUCAGGUCAAAGCCAAGAAGCUCCCCAAUCCAAGGUCAUCAUCGUAUGACACCAUCGCAGAAGCACGGAUGGAUCCCAUUAUCCUGGCAAAGUUGCACUUCUUCAUGAGUAUCUCAAGAACUUUUCAGCCAUUUCUCACCAAGUACCAGACAGAUGCCCCGAUGAUUCCCUUCUUAGGCAGAGAUUUGGAGGAUCUAAUCAGGAGCCUUCUCAGGCGGUUUAUAAAGCGAGAUGUUCAGGUUGAUGUUUCCCCAGUAAAUCUGGUCAAGCUUGAUGUGACAGACCAAAAAUUUUGGGUCAGUCCAAAGCAAGUGGACAUUGGCUUGGGAGCCACAGCUGCCCUCAAGGGCAUGUCAGGCAGUCAGGGUGGAAGUGAGCGUGAUGUGUUACAGUUCAUGCGAGACAGCCAGAGUGCUCUGUCAAAAAUUUGUCAGAACAUUCUAUUGAAGUGCCCACUGAAGUACCCCACUGUCCGAAAUAUGCUGUGCCUGGACCCCCAAAAGAUGCACACUGAACCAGACAUGUGCUUGAAAAAAAUGAAGGCCCUCGUCAUGAAAUUUGUGCAGGACAAGAAGUUGUCAGGAGGAGUCACAGCGGGUGAUAAGAUUGCACAACAGUUUCAGAAGUUCCUGUUUAAUGAGGCCAGAGGAGAGGAAUUCAUGGUCUUCAGUGCAUUGGAUGGGACAUUGCGAGUUGACAGCUUCCUGCAUAAGGCCAUGAAUGGAUAUGCAGAACUUUGGAGCUUUGUGGAAAAGCUACUGCUUCUGUCCCAUGGACAAGCCACUGUGGAGCGUGGAUUCUCCAUAAACAAGGAGGUGGAGAUGUGCAAUAUGAACGAGGACACUAUAGUCUCACAGAGACUGAUCUGCGACUAUGUGAGGAUGUGUGGUGGAGUGGUCAAAGUGCCACUAACUAAAGAGCUGCUAAAUGAAUGUGCAACUUCACGCAACCGGUAUAGGAUCUUCUUGGAAGAUGAGAGGAAGAAAAAGGAAAAGGCAAAACAGAUGAACAAGAGAAAAGGGGCUGAAAAUGAGCUUGAACAGCUACGCAAGAAAAGAAGAACAAUCUUAACUGUGUGUGACUGUUACGACCUGUAGCGAUCUAGGGGUGACAGGGGAUGCAACAUUAUAAUACUUAAAAUAAUUAAAUAACAACAAGGAAAACAAUCUAUCCAAAGCACACUAUUUAUUUGUUGAAUUCAGAAUCAAAACGAAAACCACAACAAAAAGAAAACCAGCUCUAAGCAAACUCUGUAAAGAAAAGAACAAAAACGAUUAGACCAAUAACCGAUAAAGUAUAUAACAAUACACAACAAUCUUAACCUAAAGAAACACACAAUCUCUAUCAAACAGAGACCGCUUCCAACUUCAAACACACACGCUCGAACAAAGCACAGCGUGCAAACGACACGCCCGCUCUCCUUCCGGUCCUCACUUUCCAGCCUUUUAUACGCUGGCAAAUAAUGCCGGUACCUGAAACACACACACACACAUACAACAAACACACUAGAAUGUCCCCAGUCGUAACAGUGACACUCUAGAGAAGGAGGCAGAUAGCCUUGCAGAGAAGGCUGAGAAUACAGCUGGGACCAAGAUGGCAGAGCUCAUCACUAAAUCCAACACCAUGAGAAAAAGAUGCAAGGACAAGAGAGGGGAGUUGAUGGACCUAGACCAUGAAAUUGAGAAGAGAGUGGCAGAGCUAUGCUACAUGUCUUGAAGAGAAUUUUGACCUCUUGAAUUUGACCUGUUCAUUGGUUUCUCUCUAAGAUUCAUGUGAUAACAUUUUGUGUUGUUUUGCAAACAAGCUGUUU